AUGACCAGUGUCGAGCAACCGGUCUGGGUAAAUGUACCAUGCGUGAACCGAGGCGUCACGCCCUUGAUCGGCUCUGGCCACGCUUGUGCUAGGCACAAUGACUCGCUUUAUAUUUUCGGAGAACGUAAUCUUCCCACAGUCCCGAUACGCAGCAGCUCGGCAAAUCGCCCCAGCAAUAACUUUUACGAGUAUAACCUUGUGAAGAAAGAGUGGACUUCACUUUCCGGUAGUGGUGUGGCUCCGAGUCAACGCAAGAGCCACUCGGUCGUGAUUUAUAAAGACUCGUUAUUUGUUUUUGGUGGAUUCGAUGGCGAUAGACGACUAAACGACUUUUACUCGUAUAAUUUCUUGACACAAACGUGGACUGAUGUAUUUGUAAAUGCUGGACAAUCACCGACGCCGAGGUUUGGCCACGCUGCGGUGGUAUAUGACAACGAAAUGUAUAUCUUCGGUGGAAAUGACAACCAUUAUGAUCGUGAAUCACUGUCAAGUCGGAGCUCAAGCGAGUAUGGUAGACCAGACUCUGGUCGCCACGUCAAUGAUAUGCAUUCCUUUAGCUUGGAAACAAACUCGUGGUCGUUGAUUCGUGCUACGGGAGAGGUCCCGUAUCCUCGUGAUGGAGCCUCGAUUGUGGUGUACAACCACAACGGUUUGCUGUUUGGGGGAUAUGACCGCGACUUGGGAUGCCUCAACGAUGUCCACCUGUUUAAUUUUGAAACUCGAGUUUGGUCGAGGCUUGAAACCAAGGGCACACCACCAACAGUUUGCAAUCAUCCCCUUGUGACCCUGUACAAAAAUUCUCUUAUAGUUUUCGGUGGAAAGAUGGAACCGAAUCUAUAUCAGCUUGAUUUAGAAACGAACACUUGGGAAGCUAUUGCAUACGCUGGCCCGUCCCCCCAAAACAGCUCACCUCUUGGAUGCAUUUACGGCAGUAACUUAAUCAUCGUCAGCGAAGAGGAGGACAUGGUUUGCAUUCAACAACUUUCCUUGCCAGAAAAAUGUAUUGACGUCAAACCUGAGGAAGAGUUGGAACCAAAUGAAGACAGCACAGUUGUCACUCACUUACGGUCACUUAUCAAUAACCCGCUUAUGAGUGAUGUCACUUUCUUAGUCGAAGGUGAACCAAUUUUUAGCCACAAGAGUCUUUGUGUCCGCUGCGAGUACUUCAAGGCAAUGUUUACCGGAGAGAUGAAGGAAAGCACGGCUCGUGUAGUAGAGAUUGCAGAUGUCAGUCGAGCGACGUUCCUUUCAAUACUAGAAUAUGUAUACACAGACCGAGUCGCUGUUGCAGAUGAUGGUGUUUUAGAGCUGUUGAUUGCCGCAGACCGGUAUGGCAUUGAGAAACUUCGGCGGCUGUGUGCUCAGAGACUAUCAAAAACUGUGACUGUAGACAAUGUCUCAAGCAUUCUUCAGGCAGCCGACCAGCACAAUUCUCCGUCGUUGCGGGACAAGUGCUUCGCUUUUACGCUUCAAAAUUUUGAUAUCGUGUCAAAAACUCCAUCGUUUGUGCAAAUGGCUCGGACGGACAUUGAAUUAGCCUUGCAAAUUUUGCAAAACCGAUAA